GUGCGUCAUUUUGAAUUCGAAUUUAUUUCAUCUCAUUCUGAGUAUCAGGUGGGUGAUGUGCUUGAAAUUCUCCCAACCCAAAAUCCCAUAGAUUUGGAUGCAUUUAUAAAACGUUGUAACCUUGAUUCAGAUUGUUACAUCACUGUAAAACCCAAAACAAAAAGUAAAUUGUCUUCUCAGUUUCAAGUUGAUGACUCCAUGAACUUGAAACCAAUCAAAUUGAAAACUUUUGUGUCACUAACAAUGGAUGUUGCCUCAGCUUCUCCCCGACGUUAUUUUUUUGAGGUCAUGAGUUUUUAUGCAAAAUCUAAGCAUGAAAAGGAAAGACUUCAAUAUUUUGCAUCUUCGGAAGGUAGGGACGAACUCUAUCAAUACAAUCAGAAGGAGAGGAGAACUGUCUUAGAGGUAUUAGAGGACUUCCCUUCUGUCCAAAUGCCAUUUGAAUGGUUAGUGCAACUGGUUCCUCCUUUAAGAACACGAAAAUUUUCGAUAUCUUCAUCUCCUUUGGCUCAUCCAAACCAAGUACAUUUAACUGUUAGUGUAGUAUCCUGGACAACUCCAUACAAGAGAAAAAGAUAUGGCCUUUGCUCAUCAUGGCUGGCUGGAUUAGAUCCUUAUAAUAAUAGAGAAAUUUAUAUACCUGCUUGGAUCCAUAAUGGUUCUCUUCCUCCCCCUCCACCAUCACUUCCUCUUAUUCUCAUAGGUCCAGGAACAGGGUGUGCUCCUUUUCGUGCAUUCAUUGAGGAACGGGCGGUGCAGAGCGAGAGUGGUCCAACAGCUCCUAUUAUUUUUUUCUUUGGUUGUAGGAAUCAGGAAAAUGAUUACCUUUACGAGAAGUUUUGGUUAUCCCAUGCUCAAAAUCAUGGCGUGCUAUCAUCAGAAAAAGGAGGGGGUUUUUUUGUUGCUUUUUCAAGAGAUCAACAAAGAAAGAUCUAUGUGCAACAUAAGCUGAAGGAGGUGAGUGGAAGGAUUUGGAGUAUGUUGAAUUCUGGAGCUGCUAUUUACUUGGCUGGAUCAUCAACAAAAAUGCCAGCAGAUGUAACGUCUACCCUAGAAGAAGUUAUAGCAAAAGAAAGCGGUGCUUCAAUGGAGUCAGCAGCUAGGUGGCUUAAGAUGCAGGAGAGGGCUGGUAGAUUCCAUAUUGAAACGUGGUCUUGAUAGUGUAAAUUAUGUUUCUAAAUGACUUUCUCUUUCGUUUUAUUGUACCCGAUAUU